AUGCAUCUGUGGGAAUGGGAGCAUUACAUAUUGACUGAUUUUCUUGAUGGCGAAAGAACAGCGGCUUAUAGCGAAUUCGGCUUAUCGAAGGAAGGAGACUUCGUUUUGCUGAAAGCACAUCCCGUUUUGUGCGGGUUGAUGCUUUUCAGGAUGAAUCUUACCCUACAAGGUCUUGGCAUUACGGUUAGUAAUUCAUGGCCGGGAGCGUUAAUACCCAACGUUCUCCAUCUUUAUAAUGCAUGUUUAAGUGAGGGCCUGCUGGACAAACACUGGUAAGCUAAUGUUUCAUAAUACUGUAUUACCCCUUACACCUACUUCCAUACUUUACCAGUCACAAACACUUUCAAUCUUUGAGGCGUUACCACUUCCCUCAAUGCCCAUCGGGCCUAGAAAGCUUCUACUAAUCACGCUUCAGGAGCGAUCUGGAGGCAGUUAUUCUUGCAAAUUCUGCCCAACGAAUCUUCAAUGGGAAUAGCCCGCAGGCCCCUCGAGAAGUAAGUUUUGUUCCCUUAAUCCUCCCAAACAAGAAGUAAGAAUCAGAGAGAUUGCACUACAGUUGUUCUGGGCCUUUCUCAGCUUCUUUAAAAGGCUCUUCAGAUCACGCUUCGCUGCAUCUUACUCUAUUGUUCUCUUUUCUGACUCGUUGUUUGUAUUUAGUAUCUGAGGAGAUACAUGCUUGCGACCGGCAAUUCAGUGACAAUGUUUUCGGCCAAUAGAAGGUUUAAUGAUGCACAGUAUUCGAAAAGAGAACCCCGCCAAAUGUUGAAAGAGUCCGUCAUCGCAGGCAUAUAUUCCAAACAAUUUUUACGCCACUCUGAAGAAAGAGAUGAGAUUCCUAAAAACCCAGUGUUCACCUUGGAAGCCAUUGAGAAACUACUAGAAGCCGCGUCUGUUACGGACACUGAUUACACGAAUGAGACCCUAACCUCUUGCGAAGACGCCUCCGAGACGCCGCUGACGCGAAAACAAGGAGCAAAAACUCUACUUGCAAAAUUCUCAAAGUCCCGAAAACUCACAACCGUUCAGCUUUUGUCUGCCUUGGAAGCCAACAUGCUGAACGAAGCCUUUUCUUUCAAUGUUGACUAUCUAUCACUCCACAUGCGCUGCUAUGAACUACUGCGCACCAUCAAAGAGGAGAUGGAACUCAUCCUUAUCAGCUACUUUGGCGCACUGAGAGAUUACCAGAUACCUUACAUUCCCAGUUACAUAUUGCGAUUUGUGGCUGGGAAGGAACUAGACACGUUUUCACGUCCCACCGAGGGUAAUGGUCGGGGAGAAGUUUUGGCAGCGGUGAGCGCAAUCAUGAUGCGUUUCAUCAAAAGAGAUGGAGAAACGGAAAUUGAAAAAGUGAAAAAUGCCUGUUGUAGUUUCAGCGGCAUUGCGUUCGAAAAACCUUACGUUCCUCUUAAUCUGAACAUGUCAGACCUACAAGCUGCAGUAGAGGCUUUCAACAAACUUCCCCGACAUAAGAUGAUACCAAGCUCGACAGCUGCCUCUCAGAAAUUGAAUCACUGGCAGUCCUCGUUGCGGAUCAUAAGUCGAAGACUCAGUUUCCCUGACCUAAUCUAUUUCAUCAGUCCCAACAACCAUCUGUGGUAUCACGCUGUGCCCAAUUAUAGCAUACGUAUCAGCCGCUUGAAACCCACGGACCAAGUCGAUAUUGUGGUUUUCCUCAUUCUCAAGUCAUUCGUGAAGGGAAUUUUGACAGGGCAGGAUGCACAUCUUCUCCCUUUCGCCCCAUGGACAUGGAGUUGCGAUGAUACAGCACUCACUCAGGGUAUAAGAAGUAAGCUUAUUGCUCUCGGUGUGCGCAGGGAGUUGUGCUUGGUUAAGAGCGCAUCCGAACAAGAAUGCCAAGAGGCUGACCAUCGCUGGAAUACUGAGAAGACGCUUGUAUUGAAUCCGAUGAUGUAG